AUGACCUCUAAAAAGGCUGCCAAAGAAAAGGAUGAAUACACUCCCCAAGAACGUUUGACAGCAGCCGCGCUUGAAUAUAAGAAGCUUGAGGGACACAAUCAAUCCAGUAUUGAACGAAUGUACGGUGCGCUGUCUUCCCCAUUUAGGGUUUCCAACAAGCCCUGUGAGGUUCCUCGUGCGGCAGUUUUGCGGUGUUUUGAAGAAAUUCUGGGGAAAACAAACAACGGUGAGAAUGGCAGCACUGAUAACCUUGCUGAAACCACAGUCGUUGGUCGCAGUAUCAGUGGCGGCAAUAAUGCUGAUGGAAGGGUUUUAUUAUCGUCAGACUCACGGUUUCCAUCGGUGCAUCGCUGCUAUGAUGCAGUUUUGCAGUAUGAGUCAUGCGUAGUAGAGAAGACACUUGCGCAGCAUCACAGCCUUCUUGCAGGAUUUGAAGCCCGUCAAUUGCAAGAGGCUGAAUCGGCCAAUGAAGUGCCGAAAGCUGUCGCGAGUGGUGCAUGA